AUGUCUCGUGCCACGUCUACCGUCAUCAGCCCCGUGAAAUCAACGCCAUCCAUCGUCGAACUUGCGCAACAAAUACAGAAGGAUACACGACUCAUCUCUAACUAUCUCGACGAGAAUUCCCUACCAGAGCUUUCACUCUCCGCAGAUGCAUAUCCGUUCUUUCCCGGCACCGGUCCUCCUCCUGUCGAGAAAUACCAGCGUCCGCCGAAGCAGAUCCUCGAAGCCCGAGUACAGGCACGCGACGCCUGCGAAAAGUUGAUGCAACUCCUCAGCGGUGCCGCAGACAGCUUUGGCGGCUACAUCACCUUGCACUUGAGCUCCGCCGCCAUUCAGUAUCUGUACCAUUUUCGCAUUGCUGAGUUCGUGCCUGUCGAGGGGAAAUGCGCUUUCCAACAAGUCGCUACUAAGGCUGGUGUGGAUGUAUCCCAGUGCUCUAGAGUUCUUAGAGCGGCCAUGACCUCGGGAUACUUUCAAGAGCCUGAAAUUGGUUACGUUGCGCACACGGCAGGGUCGAAGUUGUUCCUGAAUCUAGAUCUCAAGGAUGCUGUGGGCUACGUGAUCGAAGACACCUUUCCUGCCGCCAGCAAACUCGCAGAGGCAGUCGAGAAAUAUCCUGCAAGCCAGUAA